GAGCUCUUGGUAGAGGCUCAGAUCCCGCCUGAACUGCGCCACGAGUUCUUGCAUUUCACCCCAGCCGAAUUUGCGCCAGUUGCAGUUGAUCUGGAGGACCUGAAUAAGUUUAUUGACGAGCUUGUCUUUCCCCCAGACAUGCCGCGACUUGACCUUCUAGCAGUGGAUGAUGUGCCGCAGAGAGACUUGAGUCUUCAACACAUGUCUCGCACUGUGAUGCAAGAAAUCUUGGAUCUGCACGCGACGGCUAUUGCCUUGGUGGGGGGCGCCCAUUUUCACACCCUUCGCGAGAUGAAUCGCCGUUUCCUGGCCAAAGCGUGCGAGCGCUAUGGCAGUGACACAGGCCUGAGGUGCCCGAACCACGCAGAAGCCAUGCAGGCUGAUCAGAAGCUUUGGCAGAGCAUCAGCUCCCUGAUUAAUGAUGAGGGUUGGUGCAUGGACGAUGCUAUUCAUGAAGUUGUCGUGGUUCGCAACGAGAUCGCAACCUUGCUGAUGCCUAGACCUAAUCCCCCCAAAUUGCCGGCUUCGUGGGUAUUGCGCAAGGGGGGACUAAAGGGCCUUGGAAAGGGGAAAGGAAAGGGGGCCAAAGGGGGCAAGAGUGCUAAGGGUUCCGGCGUGCAAGUCAAUGGCCUCCAGAUUGCCACCUUCUACAAGAAGGGUCAGGAGAAGCAUCUUCUGUGCAAUGAUUUUUCCAAAGGUAAGUGCACUAGGCCAAAUUAUUGCAAAUUCGAACACAAAUGUGGUGUGUGGCUUCCGGAUGGGAGCAUCUGCCUCCAGGAUCACACGCCUUUGCAGCACAAGAAAACCGCCCACUAG